CCCAUUCCCACAGCUUCGUAAAAAUUGAAAACACGCCCAAAUGAACUAUUUUGUUGUAUGGCAUAACAUAAUCUGAAUCAAUUUGCUGCAGUAUGUAUGGAAAGAAAAGCACCUGUAAUUCAGAACAUGUCACAUAAGAAAUUAUUUUGUGGGAUUUCCUUGUGUCGCCAAAAUAAGCGAAUUUUCAUUUUAGUUCUUGGAAACAGAGUCAUAAAGUUAGGGUUAGCUCUUCUUUCAACUCUUUGCCUGCUUACAUUAACAUCAGAUAUUUUUACAGACGUAAUUCAUUCUUCUCACAAAAUAUGUAUCGAUUCUGCACGUCAAAGAUGGAGGUACUUAAAUGUUCCGGGACAGAUCCGAACCGUACGAGUAAAAGUCGACAAAGAACAAGUAACGAAAAAACGACGAGUUAAAACUGUUUUAUUGUGGACUACGUAUUUCAGUGAGGAAUUUUCCGCUGAUUAUUACUUUUUCCAGAAAGGGAAGAAGACAUUCCACAAUUUCGACUGCCAGAUUAAAGAUUGCUACGUGACGUCCGACAAAUCAGUCCUCCCCCAAGCUGAUGCUGUUCUGUUCCAUGCAAGAGACAUUAAUUUCACGAACAUACCUCAUCGUGGUAGGAAAGACCAAAUCUGGAUUCUUUACUGCAUGGAACCACCAAGAUAUGUUCUUUUAAGGUGGAACAUAAUUCGAUCUUUGUUCAAUUGGACUAUGACGUACCGUUCUGAUUCUGACAUACAAGUGAAAUACGGAGAGGUUUUGCCCUAUAACGAUUCUUGCACAACCCAUAUUUCGAAUGUCAAUGCCAUCAGGAAGCAAGAACGAGCUAUUUGGAUGGUAAGCAACUGCAGGACAGAGAGUAGGAGAGAGUCUUACGUCAGAGAACUGAAAAAAUACUUUCCUGUUGACGUAUACGGGAAAUGCAGUCGCCGUCGGAAGUGCUACCCACCACAGUCUGAAACGUGCUACAGGCUUCUUCAUAAGUACAAGUUUUAUCUUUCUUUUGAAAAUUCAAUAUGUAAGGACUAUGUGACGGAGAAAUUUUUUAACAUUUUGCAGUAUGAUAUAGUGCCAGUCGUUUUCGGAGGAGCCAACUACACUCAAAUUGCACCACCUCAUUCUUUCAUCGAUGCUACAGAAUUUCCGGAUCCUAAGGAUUUGGCGAGUUAUUUGGAACAUAUCGCAAGUAACUCUACACUGUAUAAUAGUUAUCUUGAGUGGAAGAAACACUACAGGGUUCAUUUACACCCCUGGAUGUGUGAUCUGUGCAGCCGAUUGCAUGAAAACGUUUCUGAUGUGCAGACAUUGCGAGGGGAUUUGUGGUCUUGGUGGAUACCAGGAUCCUUUUGCCAACGAUGGACGAAGAAAAAAACGUUUGAAAGUCUAUUUCAAAGUUUCAGACACCUCUGAUAACCAAAUUUUCACUUAAAUCUAAAUGCUUGAAAGUUGUUUAGUG